AUGGGACGUAACGGAAAAAGCCAGCAGGAACAGCGUCUCUUGGAGUUGCUGAAUGCCCCUGUGAACAGAAACAAAUGUGGUGAAUGCAAAUCGCAUGACCCGACAUGGGCGUCGUGGAAUUUGGGCGUCUUCCUCUGCGGGCGGUGUGCCAGCGCCCACCGAUCCUUGGGCGACCACAUCUCUGUGGUGAAAUCGUUGUCAAUGGAAAACUGGUCCAGCCACGAGCUGUCCGUGCUCGGCAAAAUUGGCAACAAGCGCAACAACGGCUUCUGGAACGAGAAGAAGAUCCCCUUCCCGUUCGACCCGGACGACAAGGACUCUUUGGUCAUGUGGUUGAGAGAGAAGUACACAGGCAAGUUUCGCUACGGCGCCGUCACCGACGCAGACUACAACUUGGACGACUCCUGGGCCGACCGCACCGACGACUACGGUUUCGACAACAACCGCUCCAGAAGCUCCAGCUCGGGCGGCAUCAUGGGCCGCCGGAUCUCCUCCGCGUUGGGCUUGAACUACGUGGGGCCCACCCGCCGCAGACAGAUGAGCGCCGCCAGCAGCAGCGCAGGCGGCUUAUCCAAUAACGACUACGGCUACGACGCCGACGACGCCGACUCGUCAACGCUGACCCGCUCGAUGAGACGGGGUAGAGAGAAAAACGGUCUCCGCAGCGGCUACGACAACGAUGACGACGACUACGGCAGCCACGGCAGCAGAAGCAGGUCCACCUACGACAGAGACCGGCCCCGGGGCUCAAGGUACACGUCUCCAGUCUCUCCGUCCAGACCGGCGAGACUCACGUUCAGGAGACCUACCGGCACCGAAUUCCGCAAGUACGGCGACCAGAGCCGCAAAAUGAAGUUCGACAUGGGUUUUGAGGACGAAGACGUGAACGUCGAAGCGUUGGCUCUCGCCCAUGGCAACAUCAACCGAGCCAUUGAAAUCAUCAAGCAAAGCGGGGUCAAGCCGGCAGACCACUCAACCGACGCCCCAUCCUCCGCUUCCGCUUCCGCAAGGGGCACCUCCACGUCCACGCCUUCGCUACCCCAGCGGAAGGAGACCACGGGUGCCCUCUUCGACUCGUCUAAGGCCGGAGGGUUCAACUGGCUUGACGACUCGAUGCCACCUGCAGCCACGGGUACGUUGACGGGCACCGCUCCUGCCUCUGCUGCCGCAGAAAACCAGAUAUUCCAGUACGUCGACCCAAACACAGGCGCAGUGUACUACAUCGAUGGCAACGGCCAGCAGUAUGUUGAUCCCUCGCUACAACAGCAACAGACCCAGCUUUUGCCGCAGCAACAGCAACAACAGACACUACAGACAAACCCAUACCAGAUGCAGCAGGCUCAAUUCCAGCAGCAGCAAGCGCUCCAGCAGCAGCAGGCACUCCAACAGCAGCAGGCGCUCCAACAACAGCAGAUGCUGCAGCAGCAACAAAUGCUGAUGCAACAGCAACAACAGCAGACCCAGCAGCCUAGCUACUUCGGCGGCUUCUGA